GUGGCAGACGGCAUAACCCAGCUGAGUUUUUCGUCUGCAUUUCUGUGAAGUCUAACUGAAAAUUAUGUGCACAAUUUCACAUUCCUUUCAGUACAAAAUCAGAAAAAGAGAAGAAUGGUUACACGUGAAAGUAUUCUCCGCUCAUCUUUAGGGGCAGUUCGCCGAGCUUUUUUGUCGUGCAACAUUGUUGUUUGUGUUGUGUGUUUCUUUGCGUUUUCGAGCUCCAAGAACGUUGACUGUGUUGACGAACCACCAGCCAUGCCAGCGGGCCACUUGAAACCGCUCGGGUGGCACCGGGUAGCUGAGGCCGGUGUAGACACCGUACAGUUUGUGCCAGAGCCAGGUGUUUUCUUCGAAGACUAUGUGCGGAAAGGGCGACCUUUGUUGAUGAAAGGGGCUGCAAGAAGUAUGAAAGCUUUCAAACUUUGGAAUGAUGAAUAUAUGAGAGCUGCGUUUGGUGAUGUAGAAGUGGAGGUGGAAGAAGGAAAGAAGGAGAAUCGUUCAAGGGGUCUGUGGGCAAUGAGACUUGAUGAAUUCCUCGAUGAAUACCAGCUGGGGGACAUGUACAUGGUGGCCAGUGUGCCAAGGGAGAUGGCGGGCGAGGUGGAACUGUUGAGCUGCAUGCUUUGUGGUGGUUUCACCAAGAACCUGCAGGAUGCUGUCAUAUGGUUCAGCAGUGGUGAUACCAAGUCGGUUCUGCACUUUGAUGCUCUAGAUAACAUCAACUGUGUCAUGGAUGGACGGAAGGAGUUUUUCUUAGUAGACAAGAAUGAUAAAGCCAACGUCUUCAUUGACCAUCCAGAGGGUUCCUUCAGCGGUGUGGACGUGGAUAAAGUUGACAUGUACAAGUACCCAGGACUUAGCCAGGUGCCAUGGUACAAUGUCACCAUGCAGCCAGGAGACUGUUUCUUCAUUCCUUACAGGUGGUUCCAUCAAGUUCGUUCUGCGGCAGGACGCAGCCUGGCCAUCAACAUUUGGUUUGUACACCUCCUGCAGUUCAACUCCAGUGACUGUAAGGCCAAAGGCAAGUUGCCCGACUUUGAACCUUUGGCGCAGUUUGAGCUGGCAUCAGACUCAGAACAGCUCAGAGGUGAAAUAGCCAACUUCAUUGACGAACUUGACGAUGCAGAACUUCACAUUGAAGACCUUUCUAAACUUGCUGCUGACUUGGAAAUAUCGGACCAGGAGUCACUGAAAGUGUUUCAAACUCUGGACCAGGACAAGGAUGGUGGAGUCACCAUAGAUGAGGUCUACUCAUGCAAUAUGAACAAUGUCCAAGCCCAAGCUCCGGGAUUAGCAACGAGGGACACAGAUGGGGAGAAAUUUGAUGAUAACCAUGAUGAGUUAUGACCUCCACUUCUGUUGACUGCAGUUUGCCCAGACAUCACUGAAAUAAUGGGUUUCAUUGGCGUGUAAGUCUAUGAACUGCAAUGCCUUCCAAAGAUUUUGUACAAACAGGGUAUAUAUGAAUAUACCGGUAAUGUUUUUUUUUUGCUACAAGUAAUGCUAAUGUGUUCAGAUGCUUGAAGGCAGUACAUGUAUGUAACAGAACAGGUAGCUCAUUCAUAAGAAGCGAGUACAUGUAAGAACAGGAAGUUGCCCUAACUACCCAAGUUUCAGCACUGUUCAGAGACAUGAACAUAUAUACUACAGUUCUCUGUCUUUUUUUGGUUUCCUCACAGAUUACUUUAAUAUUACAAAAUCACUCAAUGUAAUUAUUUUGGCUGUGCAUCUUUAAUGUAAAGUACAGACUUAUACAUGUACAUAUACCUAUAAAAUAUGUAUUUGGUGUAAGCAGUUUAGUUUUGGAAACGCCAGGACCGUUUGUUGACAAGGUUACCUAUAUGUGCACACAUAACGUACCUAUGCAUACAUGUACAUGUAGUAAUGUAAAUGUACAUGUAAGCUUAAACAGUCACAUGCAGGUCUGACUAAUUCGUGUCUUACAUU